CCAUUAGCACACGGCUACAGCGAAAAAGUUUUAUGUACUCAGGUAAAUCUCGUCAGUAUUUUUUUUCCGUAGCAUUACGCGUUCAGAAAAUUUAACUAUUCCACGGUCGUUUUAUCAAAAGGAUACCAAAUAAAUCUUAGAUUUGUGCUGAUGUACGAUGUGUACGAUUGACAAAUUUUCACGGAAAAUGUAGACACGAUUGUUUUCCAGCAAUAACAUUGUUUUGAAUCAAAGGCGAGUUUUUCGAAAUAGUGAAGAGUACCUCCAUUGCAGAUUCGGGUCUAAAAAGGCGUUCAUUUCAAGAAUUGUCAUUGAAUCUUGGUGGAAUGUCAAUGAACUUCCUUGUUGCUGCUGCGACAUCAAAAUCUACUAGAUUUACUAUACGUUUCGUGCAACUAUUACAGAGGCUUUGAGGUAUGAACGUUCAGACAGAUUGAUUGUGAAGCAAGUCUAGUGAAGUGUAGUUGUGAUCAUAACGAACAAGAAAAGAGAUCGUUCCAAACAAGAGAUUCAAUAGUCCACCAUCGGGCCAAAUAAACAACAACGCCUUCAUACCCAUAUAUGAAACUAUAAUCAUCAGCAGCAGCACUAGCUAGCAGUGAGAAAAAGAAGGCGAAAUAAAGCGAAGACGUGCAGCUGUAGCGUAUCUCCAAUAAAAAAAAAACAACACUACCAUUCUGAUUGGCUAGUCUGAGCCACUUUGGUAAAACCAGUUUGAUUUUUCUCCAGUGCGGUUUCAGGAAGGUACCAUGGCGUCCGAUUCAAAUGAAAAAAGCUUUGAUGAGACACUAAAACACCUUCAGAUGUUAUCCGGUUUAUCUUCGAAUAGAGCAGCACCAGUCUCGUUAAACAGAUCGAAUGGUGAAGAAAAUCCGUUUCAGCUAACGGAUCCAUCGUUGGAAGCUAUUCAGAAAAACGAAGCUGUUGUGAAACAAAUUUUCGGAUCUCAAUGUCAGUGUGGAGCUGAACGAGUAGUUACGAUGUCAAGUGGUGGUAGCGCAAGCCUUUCUGGAAAAGGAUCAAUCACAGGGAAACAUUCAGGCAGUUCUAGUCUAGAGCACGGUAUCAUUAACCCCACUCCUUUUAAGCAUAAGGCUCGUGGCGAGAAAAAGGCGGUCGUACGGGAAUCGAUGCUUAAGAACAUUGGGAAAUGUGUGCACCAAUCAGUGCUGAAACAGAAUCAAGUCACAAAAGAAACGGCAGUUCAGAAGCCACCAACAAAUACGUUCCUCUCCAAUACAGUCUCGUUGAAACCUUCGCUGUCGGAAAACAACAUACCGGAAUGUUUCACCAACGAUUCCAGCGAUGAUAUGUUAGACUUCAGGUUACUGGUGGCGCAAUGUAGCGAACUUACGCUCUCUACCCAGAACCAGUCGAACGGCUCAAAGCCUCCAGAGGCUCCCAAUUAUUCUCAGAAUAGUUUCCGGGUGUUGCGACAGUCAGAUUUUCAGUUAUGUCGUUCGUCUACAUCGAAUCUUGCCAGCAGCCGUCGAAAUCGGAAGGCCCGUCAGCUGAAACGUUGCAACAGCACAUCUUCUCUGGAAUCGGAUAGCAGCAGCAACAGCAACAGCCUUAUGCAAUGCAGUGGAGGCAUUCUAGGCGGUGCUUCAUCAUCAGGAUCAACAACCAAUCCUGCGAGUCUCUCUAAUUCUACCGGAAAUCAACCGUCGACCUCGCCAAUGACAUCGUCUCCGUCAUCUUCUGCUUCCUGUUCAACGCAAGCUCGACUGAAUAGUACAAUGCCCUGCGAUAUCACAAUCGACGAAAUGGCAAGUUACUUCGAGACAUUGGUACACAUCCCGAAGAAAAUGUCCAGUAUGGCCGAGAUGAUGUAUAUCUAGGUUCAAGGUUCUCGAAGCAUGAGAGAUACUGAUUGAGUGGGGUGAGUUUUAAGAGUGAUGAAUGUCACACUUUUGUGAAGUUGUCUAUAUUUUUAUAACACGACUUCAUUCAUUUUUCUGUACAGUCAGAGAAAGGGCACAAUUUGAAUUAUUUCAAUCUAUGGUACCAAUGAAUUUUCGCGUGGAUUGAGCAUUUCUCAAAAAAAAAAUAUAGAUACAGCUUAUUUGGGAUAAUCGAUUUAGAAUUUAAUGAUUGUCUGUAUCAUUUUUGUAUACCUAUCACAAAGAAUUCAAAAAUAAAGCAUAGUUUUUUUGGGUUUUACUUAUGAAGCUAAAUCUUCGGAAACCAAAAUAAAUAAUAGUAUAAUAUUUGUAUAAAAGUCAGACUUUUAUCAAUGUAGAAAAAUUCAUAGCAACCGUCGAUGAAACAUGCGGAUAUGAGAACCACUGAAAAUUGGUAUGCAUUUUGCAAUCUAAAAUCCGAAAACAUACGAGGUAUGAAGGAUAGAGAAUCAGUUUGGCCAACAGUAAACUGAUAAAUAUUAAAACAGCUCUCGCGUACCUGGAGGAUGAACACGGCAUGGAAUAUGUUGACUGAAUUAAAUUUAUCUACAACUGGUAGUGCUCGUGUAGUUGUACGCGCUUGUACGUGUUGAUUGUGAAUUACUGUGCUUAGUAUAACCAGAGGAACGUGUCUCCAGAUAUUGUAGAACAAAAUACGAAUGUAUCGAGUUUCAUUAUUUUUCUGUUUUUCCUAAAUAAAUGUAUUACUCGAAUUGAA